AUGCAGGAUCCAAAUGAAGAUACUGAAUGGAAUGACGUAUUAAGAGAUUUUGGAAUUCUUCCUCCAAAAGAAAAACCAAAAGAUGAAAUUGAAGAAAUGGUUUUACGUUUGCAGAAAGAAGCAGAGGUGAAACCUUAUGAAAGAAUGAAUCUUAAAGAAUUAAAGGAAGCUGAAGAUGACUUUGAUGAGGCUGAUAUGAAAGCUGUUGAAAUGUACAGGCAGCAACGCUUGCAAGAAUGGAAGUGUCUUCAACAGAGACAAAAGUAUGGGGAGCUAAGAGAAAUUUGUGGAGAGCAGUAUGUAAAGGAAGUUACAAAUGCUCCAGAAGAUGUUUGGGUUAUAAUUCAUCUUUAUCGAUCAAGCAUCCCAAUGUGUUUACUAGUUAACCAACACCUUGGUCUGCUUGCCAGAAAGUUUCCAGAAGCCAAGUUUGUCAAAGCCAUUGUGAACAGCUGCAUUCAAAAUUACCAUGACAGAUGUUUACCCACAAUAUUUGUGUAUAAAAGUGGUCAAAUAAAAGGCAGGUACAUUGGAGUAGCUGAAUGUGGGGGCAUAAAUCUUAAAGCAGAAGAGCUCGAAUGGAAGUUAGCAGAAGUUGGAGCAAUAAAAACAGACUUAGAAGAAAACCCCAAAAAGGAUAUUAUGGAUAUGAUGACAUUUUCAGUGCAAAAUAUUUCUGCUCACAAAGACACUAAUACGAAAAGCAGUGAUGUGAUGAAACCAAACAUUACUUAA